AUGGUAGAUAAGCACUCAGGAUGCCCAAUUCCUGAUGGCCGGGAGUUGAAGAAUGAAAUCCAAAAUGACGGAUCUAAAACCUUGUAUUAUGUGAAUUUGGGAACAGGAAUACGAGUAAACUCAGUGGAAGAUAUGUUUUGUUACAAGAAUAGCAAAUCUGGGGAAAAUAAUCCCAAGCAGAAUUAUGUGAAUUUGGGAACAGGAAUACGAGUAAACUCAGUGGAAGAUAUGUUUCGUUACAAGGAUAGAGAAUAUGGGGAAAAUACUCCCAAGCAGACUGGAGGCCGCACCAAAGUCGGUCAUCAAUUCUGCAGUCGGUGCAAGGAAGUUGGCCACAAUAUCUUCCGUUGCCCCUUUAGCGGACCAUUAUCUCAUGGUACUGUCACGCUGCAAUCAACCUCUGACGUGAGAGUCGCUCCAAAUGUCACAUUCAACUACUAUUCUAAUUCAACUGACCUUGCUCAUUGUGUUAGCGGCAUGAAGAAGAUUGGUGAAUUCUUGAGCUCAGACGCAUUAAAACCAUAUAAAGUGGAAGAUUUGCCGGGCAUAGAAGGUUUUGAUAUUUUGGGAAUACCUUUGCCAGAGAACCAGACAGAUGAUGCAGCUUUUGAAACAUUUUGCCAAGAGGCAGUAGCAUCAUAUUGGCAUUACCAUGGUGGAUGCCUUGUCGGGGAGGUGCUUGAUGAUGAUUUCUGUGUUACAGGGAUCAAUGCAUUACACGUUGUUGAUGGCUCCACAUUCCCUUCCACACCAGCGAGCCAUCCACAGGGCUUCUAUCUGAUGUUAGGGAGGUAUGUGGGCUCCAAAAUUCUGCAAGAAAGAUUUGUUCGGUUGUACUUCUCUAUAAAUACCUCCAUAUUGGAGAAGAAUAAUAAGAUGAGAAAAUAUGAGAAUAUGAGUGAAUUUGAGCAUAUCUGA